GAAGGAGAGACUUACAGAAGUAUUCAGACUGGCGACAGCAGCUGUGGUACAAUAACUUCGAUGACUUCUCCCGGACAGAAGGAGCAGCGGGAGCCGAAAAUAAUACCAUAAAUAACGUCACGGUCCAAUUAGGUGCCACCGCAUAUUUACAUUGUCGUGUAAGAGGCCCCGGGGACAGGAUGACCGGAACUGACCAAAUCUCGUGGGUACGACGAAGAGACUGGCACAUAUUAUCAUCGGGAAUGUUCACCUACACUAAUGACGAAAGGUUUCAAAUUUUACAUUCUGAGGGAUCCGACGACUGGACUUUGCAAAUCAAAUACGUUCAAAAGCGAGACAACGGCACGUACGAAUGUCAGGUAUCAGGGAGUGCGGGUUUAAUUUCCCAUUUCGUCAACCUUCAAAUUGUUAUACCAGAAGCUCACAUACAAGGCAGUGGGUCGGGAGAGCAUCAUGUGGACAAAGGAAGUAUCAUAAAUCUGGUAUGCAUAAUAGAUAAGAGUCCAACGCCGCCGCAGUACGUCUUCUGGUACCACAACAACAACAUGAUUAAUUAUGACACGAAUAGAGGUGGAAUUAACGUCGAAACACUUCCGGGUCAUCCAACACAAAGUCGAUUAACCAUAACCGAUACGCAUGAGGCGGAUUCUGGAAAUUAUACGUGCUCUGCUUCAAAUACCGAACCGGCUUUUGUUUACGUUUAUGUGUCCGAAGGUGACAACGUCGACGCAAUUCUAAUGCGAAAAUCGUGUGCAAUGUGCGUUGCGAGCCAACUAAUACUUCUACUGAUACCAAGCAUUGCUGCAGCCAUGCGAUAGAAUAAUCAACUUCCGAUAGCUCAAAGUGCAUCUUCGUUAAUGAAAAUAUUGACUGCGUAAAAGAAACCAAAACCAAGAAACAAUGUAUAAAUGUGAACUAAAACAAACUUUUCAAUUCGUUUAUAGUGUGUAUGUGUUAAAAAAUCACAAAAUAUGUUUUUAAGGAAAAAUUCAAAAAAUUUCGCAGGGUAUUGCAGCAGGCAUAUAUUGUAUAUAACCAAAAAAAAACUCUAUUUUAAAUUUGAGUAAUAGAAUUGUUAAUUUUUCGUAAAAAUUUUAAACUAAUUGGAACUUGGUGGAAUUAUGCCCGAUGGAUUGUUCGUCUCGUGUAAGAAAUAUAUUCAAAUUCAUAAUUGCACUACAUUAUCAAUAUGUAUAUUUUUCUUCUCACUGUUACCUUGUAUAAUUCCUAUGUUGUGUUAUAGAAGUAUGAAGAACGAGAUUAGAUACGAAUACGAUUUUUUGUAACGUUCGUAGAACGUAUUGUAAGCGCGAACUGCCAAACAGUUUAGUUUACUUUGCCCUAAGUCUUGUUUGUAUUGCCAAUCAUCUUUGAGCAUGUUUUUAAUGUAAAAAACACAUCUAAUGUAAAUAUUAACAAAUUUAUCUAUAUUAAACUAAGGGAAUGAAUGGAUAGACUGAUGAAAGGUAUCUAUGUGACUAAAAAAUGUGUAAAAGACUAUGCGUACUAAACCUAUAUUGUAUUACCUAAUGAAUCAAAACUGCGAAUGAUGAGUGCUAAAUAAAUUUACAACUAUAUGUUUAGAAAUCACA